AUGCCACCCCCAGAUUGGACAAUAGGCAGUUUGAGGAAGCACAUUGAGAGAUCGCAUCCCGGUGCCUCCUUUUCUGAUAACAGUACUCAACUUCUAUGGCAGUGCUUCGACUUUUACGCGCAGCAUCCCUUCCCAAGCAAUCCUAGCGAGGAGAAGACCGAGGAGAAAAUCGAUGCGGACGCCUUUCAACGUGCGCUGUCCUUACUAGCCCACCAAGGCACGAAGCUGUUAGGAACCCAGGAAGAAGACGAUUACUUUUGGCGCAUUGACGAUUCCUUCUUCCAAAAGCCAAUUUGCCAGAAUGCUGAGGAGCAUUGGGCGCCCGCACGGGACAGAGCCUUCAUCUACAAUGGCGGAUAA